AUGGGCAUCGCCCGCCAACAGACGUCUCCCCGCACGGGCUUUUCAAGACUCAAAGACAGCGUGACUAGCACGCAGUCACCUUCCCAUCAAACGACGUCACAAGUCACCUAUCGAACAUCAACAGCGAGCCUUAAAGGCCUGCUGAUUUACAGCUCUCUCCCCUCCUCUGUACACACGGCAGACAAAGGCAGCACCUUAUCAGCAGCAGGCAGCUGGACGGGGGUCUGUGCUGGGAGGAGUCAGCCAUGGCUACAGCUUCUGUGCCCCCUCAGUCCAGAAAGAGAAAAGCUGGAGGAGAUGAGGAGGAGCAGCAGGAGCACCGACUUCCAGAACAAGACGUCCACGGACCGCCGUCCACCUGCGAGAUCCAGGAGUGGGCCGUCGGCGCCGAGCUGGAGUGCCAAUGAGGUGCUGGCCGUCACCCUCGCUCUGCUGGCCUUGUUCUACGUGUGCGUCCACCACCACAGCUUCCACCUGCACGUCACACGCCUCUACGCUGCACUGGGACAUCCACAGGCCCAGCACCUCCUGGGCCAGCGCUACCUCACGGGGGUCGGAGUAGAGCAGGACAGUCAGAGAGCCAUGGAAUGGUUCAGGCGGGCAGCUGAACAAGGGCACCCCCAUUCGGCGUACAACCUGGCACUCGGCAUCCUCAGGAAUCUGACAGCCACUCAACAGUCAAGGGAAGUUGAGCGUUUCCUGCUACACGCGGCUGCCAAUGGAAUUCCCGAAGCGUAUUCUGUUCUAGAACAGCUCGACUCAGAUCCAGAGUAUUCCUGAAGCCACCAUCUACAAAAAACUUCCAAGGGUCUGAGUUGCCUCGA